GGACCAUUUCCGGUGUGACUAUAAAGCCGAAUGUUUACUUCCUGUGGUGGGGCUGUUGGCAGGUUGUAUGAAUUCAUCGGUCUCCGUCCAGCCUGUGCAGUGCACAGGGGAUGCUGUCCGGCAGGCUUUAUGCAGCUUACCCCGUGGCCUGGCCCUGGGCCCCUCUUUGUCACAGGGGGAGGGCCUGGGCUUGUGGUGUGUUGGUGAUCAUUUGCCCGCUGGUUCAUACCUUCCUCCCCACAGGCCUGAAACUGAAGAUAGCUUAUCGGAUAUUCAGGAAAACCUAACUGCAUCGCUACAAGAAACUGUACUUAAGUGGGUGAGGUUUGUGAGAAGCAGCCCGAAACAGGAGAAUGUGAGAUUAUGCAGACUCAGCGGGAGUCUGCAUCUUCAGGUCAUCUCACCAAUCCAGCCAGGUUCAGAACUGCUAUUUUCACAGGAAGACAAUGGAAGUUGCACUAAAGAAACUGAACAUAUCAAUGAACUGAAAAAGGAAACUAUUCCCUCCACCCAAGCUGCAUGGAGUGACUCCAUCCCCAAAGACUCUGUCCAGUACCCAGUGGAGACUCAAGGUGAUGAGUUACCAAAAGUUACCAAAGAAAUAUCCAUCACAUUAUCAUCCCCACAACCUGAGGAACUGGUUGUAACACCACAUCCAAAGGGAUCUUCUUCUAUAGGGACCCCAGAGAUUGAGAGGACAGAGCCAGCAGUGACACCAGAAGAGGAAGCAAUGUCACCACCUGCACCAGAGCCAGAAGGAGCCAAACUGUCACUUAGUGCAGACCUUCCAAAGAAUAUCUCAACAUGUACUGCCAUGGAGGAGACCGCUCCUGAACAGAGUAGUGCAAUACAGAGCCAGGAUACAGAUCCUACCGAUGUUACUCACACAGACGAUAUGAAGGAAGAGGCAGCGAGUGAGAACAAAUCAUUGAACUGCAGCCAGGAUGAGACAAAAUGUCAGGCUUCUAGUAACUUUGUAUCCAGGUCCAGUACAGUUUUUGUGGGGGAGAACAAGACCAGGAAUGCAGAAAGUAAAAAGAAGACUACUGAGAGAGGAGAGAGCAAACUAAGGGGAAGCAAAGCAAAUGUAGAUGUUGGCUCAGCACAGACGACAGCUCCAAGUAAGGCAGUGAAGCGGAGGUGCUCCCCUGGUUCAGUAACAAACAGUGAUAUCCCCGCUAAGAUCUCCAGACUAGAAAGAGAAGAUGUUUCUAAAGAUGUAAAGGAGGAGACCGUUAGCAAGAGGACGAAACUAAAGGCAACACCAGAACGCAAGUUCCAUUGUCCAGACUGCAAUAAAAGCUUCAGCCAGAUAGGCCAUCUACGACGGCACAGUUUUAUCCACAGCGGCCACAAACCAUUCCUGUGCACAGAGUGUGGCAAAGCCUACUGCUCGGAGGAGAGCUUCAAAGCUCACCUUCUAAGCCACCAGGGCGUCCGUCCUUUUAAAUGCUCACUCUGUGAUAAAGCAUACGGCACACAACGUGACCUGAAAGAGCAUGCUGUGCUGCACACAGGUCAAAGGCCCUACCGCUGUGAGGACUGCGGGAAAAGCUUUGCCCGGCGACCCACUUUACGCAUCCACCGUAAGAAUUACUGCACACCAAGGACUGACGAGACAAAAACUCCUCUCAGUUGCACUGUGUGCAACAAGCAGCUCGCCAACAGCUGCUCGCUGCGCAACCACAUGCUCGUACACACAGGGGAAAAACCUUACACGUGUCCAGACUGUGGCAGUUCUUUCCGUCACAAGGGUAAUUUACGGAUACACCAGCGCCUACAUACUGGCGAAAAGCCCUACAAGUGCCAGUUCUGCGGCGAUUCGUUUCCCCAGCAGCCCGAACUGAAGCGGCACUUAAUCCUGCACACAGGGGAAAUGCAUUUGUGUACCGUCUGUGGCAAGGCGUUAAAAGACCCCCAUACUCUGCGCGCCCACGAGCGCCUUCAUACAGGCGACCGCCCAUUCGUGUGUCAGUAUUGUGGAAAGUCCUACCCCAUGGCCACCAAGCUCCGGCGCCACCUAAAAUCCCACCUGGAGGAAAAACCAUUCCGCUGCCACUUAUGUGGCAUGGGCUAUAAUCUGCAGCACAGUUUGAAGCGCCAUUUGCGCGGCCACAGACAUGACGAACUGAAAGCGGAGGAUGGCACUGCUGAGUCGGCGGUAGGCAGCGAGACGGAGCACACGCUAGUUUUGCUUCAGUUAGUUGAGCCAGAAGACGUUGCCGAGAGCUCAAACAGGAUACUCAUUACAGACUUCACAGGGAGCUCUGAAGCAGGUCAUUCCCACAAUCCCCCAACAUUGCUUCUUCCAUUGAACUCUGAGACAUUAGAAGUCUCUACAGACCCCAAUCACAGUGGUGGAAUCCUGCACAGGGACCAGUGCCCUGGCAUUAUACUGGUUCCCCAGGCAGUGGGAUUCAGCACUGUGGUGGAGGAGAUAGAGGUUGAAUUAUGAAUGUCGUGUAUGGAACUUGUCUGU